UUGUCUUUCAUAAAAUUCAAAAAUGGCGACCUCUGGAAGCGACAGCGAUGUAUUUGAGGUGAAAGAGAUUAUUAAACAGAGAGAAAAAAAAGGUAUAAUUGAGUAUCUGGUGAGAUGGGAUGGAUUUGGAGAGGAAGAAGAUUCUUGGGAACCUUCAAAAAGUCUUGUAAACUGUGUUGAUCAAAUCAAAACAUUUGUACAAGCUCAGGAUGCCAAUAAAAUGGAACAGAAAUCUGCUGCAAAGUCCAGAUCAAAAGGCAGAGCACGCUCUAGAUCAAGGGGCAGAUCUAGAUCAAGGGCUAGAUCCAAGUCGAACACAAGAAAGAGUAAAACAAAAAAAUCUAGCUCAAGGAGCAGCAAAACAACAGCUGCAGUCGUUGUUUCCUCAGAUGAAGAAGAUCUAAUCGUGACCCCAAAAAGACAAACUAGAAGAACAGAAGUUGUAACGAGAACAAAAACCAACAACUUUCCAGGACGAAUGGAAACAUCAGCCAGUUUAAUGAAGGUGACCACAGAUGAGGAUGAUCCAGAAAUAACCAAAACAACAACUGUUUUAAGAGAAAGAAGAGAAGUUGAAAUGGUGGAAAAUCAUAAAACAUUAAUAUCAUCAAUUAAAGGUGGAGAGUCUGAAGAACCUAAUUUUGUAGUCAAAAUGUGGAAUUAUGCAGAUACCGCUGUUCUUAUUCUCUUUAUAUGUAUCAGUGUCUUUCUCUUAAGUUUUGUUCUUGAGAAAUAUAUUGACCCUCGUAUGAUCUGGAAAGCUGUAAUUAAUUCUUAUAAAUCGUCCAUAGCUUAUAUCAUAUCAUCAUGGGGGACUAUCUGUACCAUGGCUGGCAGAGCUUGGAAUACGACUUCUGCAACCCUCAAAACCAACUGGAAAAAUCUGUCUGGCAAAUGAAGCAUAUGUGACUUUUGGCCUGGAUCAGUAUACUAUAUAACAGACCUUUUGCAAUGUAGAUGGCAGCAGCACUGAGCAGCAGUAUUUUAUAGAAGUAUCAGGGUGCUUUGUUGUUUUGUUAUUUAGGCAAAAAAAUACAGACAUUGUUUUUAGUGCUUGGUAUUUUUUAGAUUUAGUUGCAAUUUUUAUCAGUAUUUGGACCAUUUUUUUUUCCUUCAUUCAAUUUUAAUCAUUUUUUUUUUAAACUAAAGAUUUAUUCUUGUUAUUGUUUUUUUACAAAGAUUUGGGAUGCUCAAGUUUAAAUCAAAAUUCAGAGUUUUGUUUUGAUCAAAUCAAUAAUUCCUUCCUUGUAAUACAAAUAGCCAUUCCCAUGGUGUGUUACUGACAUUAAGAAUUUUUUGUUUUUAUUACUGUACAUGCCUACAUUGUAUUAGAACACUUUAUUCAUUCAUCAGUUCAUUUAUUUGUUCAGUUAUUUAUGCAUUCAUUAGUUCAGUUUUAUCAGUAUUAUGACUAAAUUUUUUAAUUCAUAAAAUAUCAUUGAAUUGAAAGUGUGCACAUUUUAUAAUACAUCUUUUGGGUUUUGUUUACACUUAAUCCACACUUAUAUUCCAAAAUCAUGUAUAGCCAAAUUUAAUUCUAUCUAACCUAAAUAAUGAUGUAUAGCCAAAUCUAAUUCAAAGCUAAAUAAUGAUGUUUAGCCAAAUCUAUAUCUAACCUAAAUAAUGAUGUGUACUAACCCAAAUAAUGAUGUGUAGCCAAAUCUAAUUCUAACCCAAAUAAUACUGUAAGCUUACAGCCAAAUGUAAUUCUAACCCACAAAAUUGUUGCUGUUGUUAAAAUUACAUUUUUGAUAUGGAUAGCAAAGUAAAAAUAUAUCAGUUAAUUCAGUUAUAAUUAAUAACAGUAAAAAAGAAAUCUGUUUAAAUUCGUCCACAAGUAUAGCUAACUAAUUUUGAAUUGUAUUUAAAUACACCACAUACUAGAACUUGUGAAUUAAAUUCCCAUUUUUCUGGUAAAUUGUAUAUUUGGAAUUGGUUUUAUGUUUGGUGUAUAUUAUUAUGGUUACAUUAAAUUAACAUAGACAUUCCAAAAGUAAUUACUGUUUUUAUACCUAUCAAUAUUGGUAAAAGGAUUGAUCGGUGUAUUAAAAUCUUUAUGUAAUUAAACAUUUAUCUCCAAAUACUUGUUUUGGUGGUCAUGGUAGUAGCGAUUUAUUUUGUUGAAUUCAGUUUUAAAACUAGAAGACAGACUCGUAACACACGAACAUUCUAAGUAAUAAGUAAUAAAAUUACUAUUAAAGCAAGUGACUAGCCUGAAGUGAUACAGGCUUGAAGUAAAAUGAAAAGAAACUAAACAAAAAGGUAGGCAAUCCACAAAAUGCAAAAUAUGAAAAGUGGGCAUUUCCAACACAAUGUAAGUGCUUGAAAAAUAUACAACAAUUUGGGAAUGAAAGCAUCAAAUACAAGGUCGAGUCAUAGGUCCUUUUACAAAAAACAAAGACUAUAAAAUAUUUACAAGAUGCUACCAGUCCUGAAAGUGGUUGUCUGUUGAAUGGCGUCAUUAUCAAAACAUUACCUAUAAUAAUAAGGGUGAUCACCAGACCAGAAUUUCAAAUCAUUAGUUAUUUUUUGUGAUGAUUAGGAUACUGGACCAUUGUAAUGGUAUCAAUACUGACAACGAAAGGGGGGGGGGGAAACAUUUCAUAUUUGAGUUUUGGUAUUCUGGUUAAUUCUGAAAAAAAAAUUGGUCAAUAGUUAGUGUUUUGUAUUUACUUUAUUGGUCAUUUUCAUAUUUUAUAAAUAUUAAUCUUUAUUGUCCCCCGCAGGGGACUAUUAAAAUGGGUUCGUACGUCUGUCUGUCUGUCCGUCUGUUUUCUUCUAAUUGAGCUAGAAUGUUCCAACUUGGUGUAGGUAGUUCGAAGAUGAACAUUUUCUGCUUAGGGUAAGCAGACUUAGCAGAGAUAUUUAAUUUGAUUGGUUGAUGAUUUGGGACACGAUAACUUUAGUUCUAAUUAAGUGAGGAGAGUGAAUAAAUUUGGUGUAUAGUUUCCUUACAUUCAUACAUUGACUAAGUUCGAUAAUGAGCACUUUCUGCUCAGUGUAUGCAGAGCGAUAGGCAAUUUGAUUGGUCAAGACUUUGGAACACAAUAACUCUCCUUCGAAUUGUGGUAGAAUGUUCAAACUUGGAGUAGGGGUUAAUUGGGUGAAUGCCUUGAUGGAGUUAAAAGAUGAAUAUUUUCUGCUUAGGGUAAGCAGAGACAAGCAAUUUGAUUGGUUGAUGCUUUGGGACACGAUAACUUUGGUUCUAAUUGACUGAUGAAAUUUGGUGUAUAGUUUCAUCAUAUCAAUACCUUGAAAAAGUUUGAUUAUGAGAGCAUUUUCGGCUCAGGGUAAGCAAAGCGAUAAGCAAUUUGAUUGGUCAAGACUUUGGAGCUUGACAACUUUGAUUCUAAUUGAGUGAUAGUGGUGAAACUUCGGGUAUAGUUUUAUUACAUCGAUACCUUAACAAGCGUUGAUGCUGAGCAUUUUCUGCUAAGGCAAAGUGGAGACUUCCAUCUGAUUGGUCGCGACUUUGGAACACAAUAACUCUCCUUAUAAUUGAGGUAGAAUGUUCAAAAUUGGUGUAGGUGUCUAUUACGUGAAUGCCUUGACAUAGCUCGUUCAUGCGCCUUUUCCACUAAGGCUAAGCAGAGAUGAGCAAUUUGUUUGGUUGAGACUUUGGAACACGAUAACUUUAGUUCUAAUUGGGUGAGAGGGAUGAAACUGAAUAGAUUCAUUAUAUCAAUACAUUGACUAAGUUCAAUGAUGAAGAUUUUCUGCUAAGGCUAAUUAACGAUAAGCAGUUUGAUUGGUCAUGACUUUGGAACAUAAAAAUUCUGUUGAGGUAUAGAUGUUCAUUAGGCGAAUGUCUUGACUGAGUUCAAUGAUUAAUAUUUCCCAUUAAACCUAAGCAGAGCUAAACAAUUUCUUUGGUCUAUGCUUUGGGACAAGAUAACUUUGAUUGUAACUGAUGGAGAGUGAUGAAACUUAGUGUAUAGUUUCACUCACACUACCAGGUACUUCAAAACCUGAGUUUGAUAGUGAAUAGUCGGAGCAAAACAGUAGGACGUUACACUCCAUUUCAUUUGAUAGUGAACAUUUUAUGCUUAGAGUUAGACUAAGCAUAGAUAAUCAGUUUGAUUACUCAAUACUAUGGAAAAAGAUAAAUGUGCAAUUAUUUAAAAACACAACACAGUUUAUAUGGAAAUACAAUCACUGGUUUAUAAGUAUAGCACGACGUUUCGACAAGUAUUCUCUUAUCGUUAUCAAGCACAAAUGAUAUUUAGUUAAACUAAAAGGUGAUAUUUAUAGUAAAACAAAUGGGAAACAACUACCAACCAACCCAAGUCAACCAAAAGGAGUAGUAUACAAAGUAGACUGCUUUUGCGGCAAGGCAUACAUAGGUGAAACGAAAAGACCACUUGACAAACGUAUAUCAGAACAUAAGUCUAGAGCCAAAACUAAUGUAUCCGCAAUAGCAGAACAUAUAAGCAAGAACCAGGGCCACGAACCAGACUGGAAGAAUGUCCAAACUUUAGCCAUACAUAAACACCAAAAGAAAAACAGGAAAAUCAUAGAAGCCAUCCAAAUCAAACGCCACAGCCCAGAACUGAAUAGAGACACAGGGUUAUAUAUACCAAAGGCCUAUGAUGAACUAAUUAAGAUGGAGAAAUAAUUGUCUAUUGGCCCAUAGUUUUCCUAUUUGUUUCUUUUGGACAUUUCUAGUUAUUAUAUAACCUAAUUUUAAUCACAUUGUUUUCUUCUUUUGUUGUUCCUUUUUGGCCAUUUCUACAUAUUAUAAAACCUAACUUCAAUCAUACUGCUCCCCCCCCCUCUCCCCCUUAAUUAGCUUAGAGAAGUAUAAUACCUGUUAUAUAAACCAUAUUUUGUAAUUACCAAAUUAAGGGGUUAUACUGUAUACAUCCAUUAUUAUACAUUUCUUACUUAUAGGGCUUCUAAUUGUUUAUUUUGUCUAUAUCAAAUUUAUGGCUUUGUUGCUCCCUGACUAUUGUUAACCACUGAUUAUUGUUAACCCCUAUCAAUUACUAAUAUUUAAGUUUUAAUUAUCCUUUGAUCAAUUUAUACAUUAUUAUAAAUUUCUUAUUAAUAGGGCUUCAAAUUGUGUUUAUUUUGUCUAUAUCAAAUAUAUGGCUUUGUUGCUCCCUGGUCACUGUUAACCCCCAUCAAUUAACUAUAUUUAAGUUUUAAUUAUCCUUUGAUCAAUUGAACUAUUAUCUUGUAUUAUAACAGUAUUUAUCUAUGGCUUCUUUUUUGUUUUACUAUAAAUAUCACCUUUUAGUUUAACUAAAUAUCAUUUGUGCUUGAUAACGAUAAGAGAAUACUUGUCGAAACGUCUUGUCGAAACGUCGUGCUAUACUUAUAAACCAGUGAUUGUAUUUCCAUAUAAACUGUGUUGUGUUUUUAAUGUGUUCAAUUGCUAAAUGCCACUCAAGGAUUAUGCAAUUAUUUAAUGUGUCAUCUGGUUUCUUUUUGGAUUUUGGCAGGGGACAUCAGCCUCACUGUUGGCUUGUUUGAAAUUAAUUUUAUCCUAGUAGUAUUAUAUACUGCCAAGCUUUAUGAUGCAUAAUUAAUUCAUUCUAUAGAAUGUCCAUAAAAUAUUUGAAGUAGGAAUUUUAUUACUGUUAUAAAAGAAUCAUGUUUUAGCAAUUUAUUUUUUUCACAAUGAAUUUCUUUGUGUAAUCAAAUAUCUACAAAAAACUUUUAUGCAAUGAUCAUUUCUUAGUAAAAUAUCUGAUGAAAAAAGAUAAAUGCAUGUCUUUAUAUAGUCAACACAUCAUUUUCAUAGAAAAAUAUUUUGAUAUUAAAAGUGUAUUUUUCA